AUGUCAGGACCUCCACUAUCGGGUCCAAACAGCGCCCCGCUGCCCUCGUCCUUCGACGAGAAUGAGGACUUUUACAAUGAGAACCGCCUCGACAAGAUCGGGCGGCGCCUCCGCGAAGAACCCCUCAUCCCUCUCGGCUGCGCCCUCACCGUCUGGGCCAUCGUCGGCGCCACGCGCUCCAUGCGCAAAGGCGACCACAAAAUGACAAACACCUUUUUCCGCCGCCGUCUGUACGCCCAGGCCUUCACCAUCGCCGUGCUUGUCGCUGGAAAUGUGUACUGGCAGAAGGAUCGCGUGAAGCGCAAGGAGUACGAAAAGCUCAAGGCUGAGAAGGAGAGGAUGGACAAGAGGGAGCGGUGGCUGCGGGAACUGGAGAUGCGGGACGAGGAGGAGAAGGCGUGGAAGGAGAGGUUGGCCAAGGGUGUGAGGAAAGAGGGGGAGAGUCUGACGGAUAUGGUGAGGGAGAAGACGGAGGAGCUGAAGAAUCUGAGGGGUGGAAAAUAA